AUGAUAGACAAAGCUUUAUUUUGGAAUAUUCAAUCAGUUAAUACCCAAAAUGCAUUUGGGAGAUUGGUCGAUCUCAAUAGAAGAAACAAUUACAAUUUUAUUGCUCUUAUGGAGCCUUUUCAGGCUCCGAGGGAGAUUCAUAAUUUUAGAGUGCGGUUAGGAUUUGACAAUGCUUUUGUCAAUAGUUCUGGGAAAAUAUGGAUUUUUUGGCGGAAUGAAUGGGAAGGGGUGGUUGUGCAGAAUGCUAUUCAACAGCUUACAAUGAAGUUUUCUUGGGGCGGGAGGAUCUUUUUCAUUACUUCAAUCUAUGCUAGGUGCGAUGCCAUGGAAAGAUUGGAGUUAUGGGAAGAAUUAGAAGAAAUGGAUACGGCUGGUUCACCAUGGCUUGGGGGGGGGGGGUUUAAUGUUAUUUUGAACAAGGAGGAGAAGCUUGGUGGUCAGGAGUUCUCACAACAUGAGGCAACAGAUUUUGCAACGUGCAUAAACUCAUGUACAUUGACAGAAGUGAGAUUUACUGGGAGUAAAUACACAUGGUGGAAUGGCAGAAUUAACGAUGCUUACAUUUUUGAAAGGCUAGACAGAGUGUUGGUCAAUCAAGAGUUUCUUGAUGUCAUCCCACAAGUGGAAGUGCAACACUUGUCCAGACAAGAUUUUACAGGAUCCCCAUUUUUGGAGCUUCAUGUAAAGAUGAAGAAAGUGAAAAAGGCCUUGGUGGAGUGGAGCAAAGUAGAAUAUGGGAAUAUUUUUGUGCAAAUUGCAACAUUGGAGGAUGUUUUACUGGUAAAGGAGGCUCAAUUUGAAUUGCUGCCCAGCCCAGAAAACAGGGCAGAAUUGUUCAAAGCGGAGGCGGAGUUGAAGAAGUUCCUCAAAUUAGAGGAGGACUUUUGGAGACAAAAGGCGGGAAUGAAGUGGUUCGUGGAGGGUAACAGAAAUUCUAAAUUUUUUCACUCGUAUGUUCAGGGCAAAAGAAGGAAAUUACACAUAACUAAGAUACAGGAUGUGCAUGGGAAUAUCCUUACUGAUGAUACGAGGAUAGGGGAGGAGGCCAUUACUAUUUUUCAACAACAGUUUAUGGAGACUAAUAUUAAUCAGGACUAUUCUAUGCUUGACUAUAUACCUUUGCUCAUAUCUGGGGAGGAUAAUAAUGCUAUGAUUAAACUCCCAGACAUGGAGGAGGUGAAGAUGGUUGUGUUUCAAUUGGAUGGAAAUAGUGCUGCCGGGCCGGAUGGGUUCUCGGGACUAUUUUUCCAAGAAUGUUGGGACAUUGUCUCCCAGGAUGUCACCAAUGUAGUCAGGGCCUUUUUUUGUGGACAAACUUUGCCAAGAUAUAUAACUCAUACUAAUUUGGUUCUACUUCCAAAGAAAGAUCUGGUGAGAUCACUUUCAGACCUUAGACCAAUUAGUUUGAGUUGCUUUAUUAACAAAGUUAUUUCAAGGGUCCUACAUGGCAGAAUUGCGGCAGUUUUGCCAAAGUUAAUUUCUCCUAACCAGUCUGGAUUUGUAAAGGGUAGGAGUAUCUCUGAAAAUGUGCUUUUAGCUCAAGAGAUCAUUGGUGACAUUAACAAAAGAAACAAGCAUACGAAUGUGGUGGUGAAGCUCGACAUGACAAAAGCCUAUGAUAGAGUCUCUUGGGUCUUUAUGACAAAAGUCCUGAGGAAAUUUGGAUUUUCGGAGGUGAUUAUUGACAUGAUUUGUAGGCUGCUUUCAAACAAUUGGUACUCAAUUUGUAUCAAUGGGCAAAUUCAUGGAUUAUUUCAGUCUACUAGGGGUCUUAAACAAGGGGAUCCUUUGUCCCCUACAUUGUUUAUAAUUGGUGCAGAAGUUCUAUCUAGGGCUCUUAAUGCUCUACAUUCUGAUUCAUCCUAUUUAGGGUAUGGUCUUCCCAAGUGGAGUCCCAAUAUUAAUCAUAUGUCAUAUGCAGAUGUCACAAUAUUAUUUUGCUCUGGGGACAAGAGAUCUAUUAUCAAGAUGAUGAUGGUACUGCGGAGAUAUGAAGAAGUAUCUGGAAAGUUAAUUAAUAAGGCUAAAAGCUACUUCUAUCUUCAUGAGAAAACUCCACUGAUCUUCUCUAUAAGGCUGAGGAAGCUUACUGGGAUCAGGAAAGGGGAGUUUCCAAUGACUUACCUUGGAUGUACGGUGUGUUAUGGGAGGAAAAAGAGCUCAUAUUUUGAGGAUUUAAUGAGGAAAGUGGCCAGAAGAAUCCUAUCAUGGCAGAAUAAGUUUCUGUCAUUUGGUGGAAACUUCAUUCUCAUAAACCAUAUUCUUCAAUCUAUGCCUAUACACCUUUUGGCAGCUCUUACACCCCCUAAAGGUGUCAUAAGGAAGCUACAUCAGCUUUUUGCUAAAAUUUUUUGGAGUGCCACUAAUGCAGAAAAGAGAAAACAUUGGGUGGCUUGGGAAGAGAUGUGCUAUCCUGUGAAUGAAGGAGGCCUAGGGUUUAGAUCUUUGGAGAGUGUUUAUAUUGGCAAUAAAUAUUGCAAAAAAAGGCAUCCUGUUUUGGCCGUGGGUACAGGUGCCUCACAAGCCUGGAGAAGUAUGAUUAAUGGUCGGGAGGAAGUGGAGCCUUAUAUUUGGUGGCAAUUAAAAAAUGGGAACUCUAGCUUCUGGUUUGACAAUUGGACUAAUUUUGGGGCUCUAUACUACACGGAAGGAGAACUAGCAGUCGAGGAGGAAAGACAAGUUAAUACAUUUGCAGAUACAGGGUCCUGGAGAAUUGAUGCUAUUGAAGGGGUUGUUUCUGUGGAGAUGACAGAUAUAAUAUUGAACAAUAUCCCCCCUCCAAUUGGGAAUGAGAUUGACAGGGCCUGGUGGACUGGCAGCAAAUCUGGACAUUUUGUGUCAAGCACAGGUAUCAAGUAUGCUGGUAACCAGCUAUUUCCAGCUCUGAACAGUGUUUGGAAGGGAGUGGAGGGUAUGAAGGCAAGGCAUAUAAUCAGGAGUAUCCCAGAUGUCCCUACAAAGUGGCUUCAAAGUUUUGACAGAAUUCAGCAACAUAAAAAGCAAUUGUUCUUUAAAAUUGUUAAGUGGAAGUUGCCUGGAGCAGGGAUGCUCAAAUGUAACACGGAUGGGGCUUGUAGGGGGAACCCUGGGAUCAGUUCUUAUGCUUUUUGCAUAAGAAAUGACCAAGGUGACCUCAUUUAUGCUGAGGCAGAUACCAUUGGGGUUGCUACAAACUUGAUUGCGGAAACCACUGCUAUUUGGAAGCCUUUACAGUUUAUACUGCUUGGCAUCUGGCAAUCCUUGGUAGUGGAAUCGGAUUCUCUGACUCUAAUAAAAAUCCUAAGAGGGGAAUCGAAGAUCCCAUGGGAAAUCAGUGGGAUGGUGGAAUUUUUACGCAGUCAUUUGCAGGCGAGAAACAUACAGCUAAUACAUACAUUUAGAGAAGGUAAUCAAUUUGCAGACCACUUGGCAAAUGAAGCAUUCAAUCAUGCAGUGAAGGUGCAAUACCAUAAUUUUAAUCAAUUACCAAGUGUUGCCAGGAAGAUAUUAAACAUGGAGAAAUCCCAAAUCCCAUCCCAUACAGAUUAG